UCCAAAUAAGAGUUUCACAAUGACUGGAAGAAAAGGAUAAAAAAAAAAACGUGUUAUUACAUUAUCUGCGUGUGUUUGUGUCUUAAUCUCUUCUGUUCGAAAACGGAUCUUCGUUUUCAUCAGAUCAUUUUUCUUUCUCCUUUCUCCACCAUUCUUACGUUGCUCUCAGAGAUUUCGGAUCGUAUUCAUGGACAGAGAAGAUUUUGCCAGAAAGGCGGCUGCAGAAGCCAGAGGAUUGAACCCGGGACUAAUCGUGCUGCUUGUUAUCGGAGGUCCGCUUGUUGUGUUCCUUGUUGCCAACAUCGUGCUCUACGUGCAUGCACAGAAGAACCUACCUCCAAAGAAGAAGAAGCCAGUUUCUAAAAAGAAGCUCAAGCGGGAGAAGCUGAAGCAAGGAGUCUCCGUGCCGGGAGAAUAAAACCCACCUUAGCCACAUUUAUGCCUUGUCUAAAGCUGAAUAAAAGGUUUAUAAAUCGCUCAUCAAAUUUUACCCUUUUGUGGGUUUUCUUUUUCUUUUACUCCUGUUAUGAGGAUUGUCUUAAGUUCUGUAUGAUUUCACUUGGAGGAUAAGUAGAGUCUGUUUAGCUUUGCCUGCACACACGCCUGAUUGCAGCUAUAGAGGCUCUCUCAUCCUCUUUGCAACGGUUUCUCAGCUUCAAUCUUUAUACUAUUUGUUACUUCUAUGGUUUCCUUGUUGGUCGUCAUUAACCUUGCUGUGUAAACUAAUUC